AUGACUGUUACUGCUCCACAGACCUGCAGGGCUCUCGUCAUCAGAGCAAAGGAGGAUAAGGAGGCCUUCACUUUGGUCCAAGAGCAGAUCCCCGUCCCCAAGCCUCUUCCCCAUCAGGCCCUCGUAAAGGUUGCCGUCGCAGCUCAGAACCCCACAGAUGUCCUAUGCUACGAUGGCGGCGUUUUUGGAGAUGGGUCUGUGCUGGGGUGCGACUUUGUCGGCACCGUCGUUGCUGUUGGAGCUGAGGUGACCCUGAUUCAGGUAGGCGACAAGAUCGCCGGGCUGAUCUGGGGAGGUGAGAUCAAGGGUCAGGGAGCUUACAGCCAGUACACCAUCGCCGACGAGAAAAUAUGCUACAAGAUUCCCGACGGACUAUCACUUGAGGAGGCUGCCACAGUGCCCUUGACAGCUACAACCGCGUGGCUAGCUCUCUUCAGGUCUGCCAGCCUGGCCAUUGAUCGAAACAAGGGCUCUGCGAUUAACCUACUUGUCUGGGCUGGAAGCACCAGUUGCGGCUUGUAUGCAAUCCAGAUUGCAGCCCUCUUUGGCUUCAAUGUUGGGACCGUGUGUAGUCCGUCACAGGCGUCACGCCUCCACUCGCUUGGUGCCAAUCAUGUCUUUAAUUAUAAGGACCCCGAUGUAAUCUCCAAGAUUAAGCAGUCCAUGCCUUCCGUGGAUUACAUAUUCGAUACUAUUGGUACCGAGAGCUCAUCCACCCUUGCCUCCCAGGCCAUGAACCCAGCUGGCGGUACUCUCUGCACUGUUAGGCCGUUCAGGGAACACACUGAAGAUGUAACUUCCCAAACCAAGGUCACAUCACUCCUUGUCUUUACAUCAUUCUUCAAGGACCAUACAAUGGGGUCAAACCUUUUGCCUGCCUCCGAGGAGGACCACAGACUUGCGUCGGAGUUCUAUAGAAAGAUCCCUCAGCUUCUACGUCAAGGCAAAAUCAAGCCUAACUCCCCACAGCUUAUCCAGGGAGGACUGGACGGGAUCCAGGAGGGUUUCCAGAUGUAUAGAGAUGGAAAGAUUCGUGGGAACAAGGUUGUUUACCGUCUCGAAUAA